CAAUUGACUGGGAUAGUAGAAAGAUAUAAAGGAGAUCUCUGCUCCUGAUGAUCAAACACAUGUCUCUCACAUUUCUCAAACAAAGCAUUUUGCAGUCGCUUAAACUGUGCAAAGUAGCCGGUAGCUGACCUCCAGACAUAAAACAAGCAGCAUAAGGAAAUCACCACAUAUGGGAUGUAGACCUCAAUAUAGAAAAUAAUUCCCAUAAUAGUAAAUCCAAUUACACUUCCAAGAAAAACUACAUUGAAACUAAGGGUAAGAAUAAGCAUAAAAUAUGAUGCUUCAACACAUAUACAAAAAAUAAUAAACAGAAUAUAAAGUACAGGAAGAGAAAGAAGCUUCACUGUUGUCAGUGACAACAAUGAAUAAUUGCUCUAACGCAACCGUUUACAGCAAAUUAAUAAUUAAGAUGAUAUACAAUUGACUGGGAUAGUAGAAAGAUAUAAAGGAGAUCUCUGCUCCUGAUGAUCAAACACCUGUAGCCCCAGACCCAUGAACUCUGGAGGACAAUGAAAAGCCUGUAUCUUCUGGUGACAGCCUUUGCUAUGCAAGCGAGAGUGAAAGCUAGUUGUCCUGGCUAUUUCAGGAAAGAAUUAAGUGGCGCCAUACGCAACUUCACUCUCUCAGGCCCAGGACCACUCGUCUACUCUACUGUCACGCAAAGCGAGGGCGCGUGCGAGUUCGCGUGUCACGUCCAUUCUGAAUGCUGGAUGAUUAACUACUGUCUCGGAUCGAAGAGAUGCGAGCUGCUUGCUGGCAACUUAGCCGGGUAUUCGCCUGUCUCAUCCGAAAACUGCAUGUUUAAGGCAAAAAAGUGUGAUCUGUCCCCGUGUGUUAAUGGUGGGACGUGCUUCAUGAUUGGUGCGAACAUAAACUGCGCAUGUACGGAACAAUUCGCCGGCCCGUACUGUUCUGUACCAUUGGUUAUGGAAGUGGCCAGUAACCCGGUCUGUUUCGAAGCUAAAGAUGGCAAAUACGGUGUGAUCCUGGCGCCCAGGGAAGGCCAGAUUCGAGGAUUCCGGUUCGUGCACAUAUCAGGCGGAGUCUGCUGGUACUCCUGCCCGGCUAAGGAAGGGUUUUGGGGGGGGACGUUUUUUGGGAAUGACGACAUUGAAGUACACAUAACGGACAACAAAUCGAGCAUUCCUGUAAUCUACCCUCCGAGUGGUGUGGCUAUAGAUUCUAGCUUUGGGCAGUACUCGUAUAAACUCGAAGGCGUCACCAAUAUGGACCCCGUACUGGAGCUUGUUCUAACUAGCCCCAUGGCAGUUACCGCUAGACAAGAGUUUCAGAUGUGGUUCGGCCAAGAUCUGUUUCACCGGAGCUGGGGGGGUGACAACUCUGGGAAAAGCUGCUCAACCGCCUAUUUGCUUUAUCAUCCAUGAAAAUGUAACCGGAAAAGGGCCACAGCUAGUUGAAGAGGAAGCUCAUUCCUGUAGAGACAUGGAAGACAAUGGUGUCUACCCAAUAGGCCUUUUGCAACUAAACAGUCACGUGGUUGUUCUUUUUCUUAGAGCAAAUCUCAAGAAAAAAAUCAACUGACCAUGACUGGAGAGCAAACAUACGUUUUGCCUGACAAACCUAGAACACAGCAGUAUUCUGCGCAAUCAUCCCUUUCAGUACACCCACGGUAAGAUUAGCUGCAAAAGGCUUAUUAAAAGAAUGACAGAGGCUUAGCUCUUAAGAGAAUGUUUUCGAUCUGCGGCCAUGCUGUACACACAGAUGAAUCAAAGACAGCGAGGGAUACCACAGGAUGCCCUUUUCCCUAUUUAGAAAAGUAUCAGUAACAAUAGUUAUCACAGUUGCACAUACCAAACAUUGUCUGAUACACAUUGUCAAAAAAAUCAAUGCCAAAUUAUUUAUUUCUCUAUAGAAUUGCAAUAUAUAAAUUUCUGUUAUCUAUUACAAGUUGUAUAUAAGCCUUCACACAUAAUGGAUCUAUUCCUGUUCUUCGACAUCCUUGGAGACACAGAGGUAACAGUUGGAUAAAGAUAGGCGAGGAAGAACAGAGAAAAGUAUACCCACAUAUCAGAAUUCUUGUUCGACCUCACUCCCCUAUCUUUAACCCACUGAAAUGUCCUUGUGAUGAUAUUUGUCAAGUCAGUAUCAAUGUGUUGAUCUAUUAACAUUAAUUCACCUCUAUUUCAGCUUUAAAGUCUAUCACCAUUUUUCAUAUCUAUUUAAAUUGGUGUAUUGCCAUUUGAUAUCAAACCACUCCUAGUUUAGUUUAGUCAACUCUCUUGUUGGGGGACACCCUAUAAAAAUAGUGCCCAAUUUAAAAGAUUUAAAUGUGAUUUUGUCCAAAGUUGCACUUUAAAAGUGGCCACUAACAGUGUUCAAUAUCACAUCAACAGUAACAGAGUAUCAAAUACACAUAAACAACAACACAAUAAACAUGUGAUUGAGGCUUACUGUGAUUUAAAGAUUAAAGAUAGAAGACACACUGUA